UCUGGUAUCACUUAUAAUUUCCAAUGUAAAUGUAAAUGAGAGUAAUACUCUUUAAAUUUAAGGCGCAUGUGGUUCAUACUUGAACCCUUCAGCACUGUCAGCGUGCUAUACUUUUGUUCAGGCAGUACUUGGCCGCCACGUUAGCCGGUGUCGUAGUCGUACAGGACCUUUCAACAUGGCGGCGACGGGUACAAAGUCGGUUUUGUUCGUUUGUUUGGGGAAUAUCUGCCGAUCCCCCAUUGCUGAAGCAGUCUUCAGGAAGAUGGCAACUGAUGGUGGCAUCGUUGAUCAGUGGAUCAUAGACAGUGGUGCCACAUCAGACUGGAAUCUAGGCAGCUUACCGGAUGCCCGCGGUCUAGCCUGCCUCAGGAAGCAUGGCAUUGACACGGACCACAGGGCGCGACAGGUGACCAAGGAAGAGUUCAUGAGCUUUGAGCACAUUCUGUGCAUGGACGAGAGCAAUCUGAGUGACUUGAAACGGAAGUCAAAGUCCGUGAAAGACUACACAGCAAAAAUUGAGCUUCUUGGUUCUUAUGACCCCCAGAAGCAGCUGAUCAUCCAAGACCCUUAUUAUGGACCAAAAGUAAUUGGACAACUGACUCAAAGGCUAGUCCAUGGGGUGGUGUGGGCAGUUACUUCGUUAUAUCAUUAUCAAUUAAGCAGAUAAAAGACCUGGAAAUUAUUUGAGGUGUGGUACUUGCAUUUGGGAGAUUUUCCUGUGAACAGACAACAUGGGGUCAAAGCAGCGCUCCAUGCAGGUGAAAUCCUCCAUCCUUAAGCUGCAAAAACGGACAAAAAAAAACAUCCAAGAAAUUGCAGCAAUUUUAGGACUGGCAAAAUCUGCGGUUUGGUACAUUCUGAGAAAGAAAGAAAGAAAGAAAGAAAGAAAGAAAGAAAGAAAGAAAGAAAGAAAGAACUGUUGAACUCAGCAACGCAAAAUGACCUGGACGUCCACAGAAGACAACAGUGGUGGAUGAUCACAGAAUCAUUUCCAUGGUGGAGAGAAACCCCUUCGCAACAGCCAACCAAGUGAACGUCACUCUCCAGGAGGUAGCUGUAUCAAUAUCCAACUCUACCAUAAAGAGAAGACUGCAUGAAACUUUAAAAAAAAAAAAAAAAGCUAGCACAGUUCUGUCAGAAACAUUCUUUGGACAGAUGAAACCAAGAUCAAACUCUACCAGAAUGACGGCAAGAAAAAAGUAUGGAGAGAAGGCGUGAAACAGGUCAUGAUCCAAAGCAUACCGCAUCAUGUUUAAAACACAGCAGGGCAGGGUGAUGGCUUGGGCAUGCAUAGCUGCCAGUGGCACUGGGACACUAGAGUUUAUUUAUGAUGUGAAAUGGGACAGGCACAGCCAAAUCAAUUCUGAGGUGUUCAGAGAUAUACUACCUGCUCAAAUCCAGCUAAAGGCAGUCAAACUGAUUUGGCGGCAUUUCAUAAUAAAGAUGGGCAAAGACCCAAAACAUACAGCCAAAGCAGGACCCAGGAGUUUAUUAAAGCAAAGAAGUUGAAUAUUCUUGAAUAGCCAAGUCAGUUGAUUCAACUAAAAUUCAUUCUGGUAAUGUACAGAACCAAAAUUAGAAAAAAAGUUGUCUCUGUCCAAAUAUUUAUGGACCUAACUGUAUAUAUCAAGUUAGCUUUUCUUCUGUUGAACAGAUGAUUUGAUUAAAAAGUCCUUCCAUAUUUUUCCUGAUAUAGGUUUUUAUGGCGAUUACAGUUACAUGGGCUGCUGUUUUGAAAAAACAUUUUCUUUCACUUAACCUGAGCUCACCAUUUCAGUAAUGGCUCAGCCUUUUUGCUCUUCUCCGUGUGUGCAGACAAACUCCGGCUCCACAUUAAACUAUGACGUCAUCUUGUCUGCUGUGUUUGUGCUAUCAGUUAUCAGUUUUUAUUUAAAAACUGGGGGCUGCAUGGGCUUAAUGUUGUAAUACUUUUUUAUUCACAUGCUUGGCCCUAGAUACAUUACUAUUGCACAUCUAUUUUUAGUCUCAAAUGCUGGUAAAAUUAUCACGUUUACAUGGUGACAACUGAGCGCUACCAAGCUGUGGAUUAAAUGAAGCAUUGAAUUAAAACAAUUUGUAUUGAGGUUUUUUUUCCUAUAAUUGAGUUAUUUGAGUGACUCGAUGAAUUGUUAUAUCCCUAGUCUAAUGUGUGAGUGGGCAUCAUCUGACCUGCCCUUUAGACUCUCUACCCAGGCAAAAGCCUGAUCUAGUAUUUCUACUAGUGAUAAGGUGUCUAAAUGAACUCUGUUGUGCACUAAAUGUGAAAAGGGGGAACUUUAAGCCAAACAUACAAAAAAAAUGAAAUCUAAUAUAUACAAGAGACAAUAAAGUGGGAAGAACUUUUUUUCAUGAUAAGAAUCCUGAUUAAAAGCCCAAAAAAGUAUUUCAAAGUAAAACGUCAAACUCUUUCAGUAAUUGUAGUAGAUACAAAAAAGCUACAUUCAGCCCAUUCUGUAACAUUUGUGUUUCUCUUCAAAGGAUCACGUGGGAAAAAUUUUAUGGACAAGAUAAAGGGCAGGAAAUGUCACACAGAGCAGUCAUUUGAAGUAUAUUUAUGGUUUUGGAUGGACCGGAUCAGUCUUCAGGUGCAAGUGGAAGAGUUAAGUUGUCUGCAGGGAGAAAUCCAGACACAAUUGAUGCAGUAAAGAGCGCCAAAACAAAAUGAACGGUUGCUAGUAAAAUAGCUGUGUUUCUCACAAAAAAGUGGUAUUCAACCUUUCCAGACCAACACUCACCAUAAUAUAUUAGUUUUACGGAACCAUAACAGAUGUUUUCUGGUUUCAUAUUGGUAAGCUUUUCACAGUCCGUGGCUCGGUAGUUCUUUUUGUUCCCUAGAUGUUUUGAGUCCUGCCAGAUGAUUUGGACAUGGAUUCUUGGCUGGUUUUUAUUGUCUUGAGUAUUAUGAGUGAAAAAGGCAAGAAUUGGAAAAGUGCAGGCAGAGACCUUUGGAAGGCUUUGAAAGUUUGAGUGUUGACAAUAGGCAUUAAAAAAAAAUAAAAAAAUAUUAACCUCCUGUGGCCAUUUAAACUUUCAUAUAUUUUUAUGGUUGGUUUAUUUAAAUAAAUAGCAAGGGAUCUUAUAAUAAGUAAUAAUUUUCAUAUGUGGUCUUUAUGAAAAAUGUGUGUGGCUAGAGUGAUUUUAGAUUAAUUAUAUUGUAUAGUUCCUAUGUCUUUGAUUUUCCCGUAAGAACUUGGACUUUAAAUAAAACAGUCAUGAAUUAUUAGUGAUGCAGCUGGAAGAAGAAAGAGUGACCACAGUUUAUGUGAUUGUAUUGAGUGUAUUGGAUUGUGUGAUUUUGGCUUUGGACGCUGUAUUUCUUUGUGUAAUUUUACCAAAUCUCAUUAUAGUCAAUGUGGUUUUGGAGGCAUGUAAGUACUUGGAUUGGUACCUCGCCAGCAACCACAUAGCAUGACAGCCAAGCGAGCAAAAAAGGGGAGAACAAUCGCUGUCCGUGUGUCAGGAUAAAUAAAGAAUUAUGUUGUUUUUACACAUGAAUUCUGGAUUGUCCGUAAUUGCCCUUUCGCAGAUGUUGCACAUAAUAGGAGAGUGUGCGUGUCAGACGUACCUUUACAAAUGGAAUUAUUAAAAUAUUUAUAUUUUAGUAAUUUGGAGUAUGUGGCAUGUGUCACAGGUGUGUAGUUACUCACUCAAUCAGUUGAGAAAAACAGUUGAAUUUAAAGAAACCAAGAUGCAGUUUUGUGACAAGACUACAAACAUGAGUUCAUGAUGAUGUGAACUGAAGAGGAGGAAAGAGACGUGUUAAACGGCCAUUGUAAACUUUAAAAAUUUAAAAUACAGAUAACAACGCUUCUCUAUUAAAUGUUUCUUAGCUCUAUUAUUAUUUUCAAUCAGUUGCAUUGAGUGAUUGUUAAUGGAAUAUUUUAAAAUGUAGGUAUCGACUUUUCAUUUUUUUUAUUUCUUGUUUGUUAAUUUGUAAUUAAACAAUAAGAACUUAAUUAUAGAACAAUUUGGAUUACUUAUAAUGGGUUAAAUUAACUCAAUGUCAAACUUUCUGAUUCUUUUAUUUUAUACAAUGUGAAGGUGUUCAUCAUUCAUCUUUCUGCACAUAAUACACAAGAAAUGCUGCUGCUGCUACUCAUACAGUGCUGGAUCAUUGGUAUAGGGAUGUCAUGAUACCAGCAAUUUAGUAGUUAGUACACAAUAGAAUUACACGAUGCUUAAAAACCCAAUUCAGCAUCACAACAAUCAUUGUACUCUACGUACUUAAACAUUUUGAUGUGAUAACAAAUCAUUUCAAAUAUUUUUUUUGACAAGGCAUAACCUGACAUGUUAGGAAGAUUACCAAGUAGCCUAUAAAUUUCACAGUUACUUAUUUUAUAAGCACUUAAUGGUGCCACUGAAAACAUUUUAGCCUAGACAGGAAAACAGUGGCCUCUGCAGCUGCUUAGGUCCACAUCCACCGUCACAGAUACAGCUGAGUGUCAUCAGAAUAGAGUGAUACAAAAUGUCAGAAAAGGAUUUAAUGAUGCCAGCUAAAUGGAAUGUAGAAGGAAAAUAAUUGUGGACCCAGGAUCAAACCUUGUGGAACCCCAUAAGUUAGGGAUGCAAUGUGGAAGAAGGACUUGUUUGCCCUAACUCAGAAAAUUCUAUCAGAUAAUGGGGGGAAAAAACAAAUAUAAAAUAUGUUUUAUAUUUUUAUAAAAUAUAUAAAAAAUAAUAAAUUAUUUUAACAAAAUAAUAAAUAAUUUAUUAGGGAAUCACAAAAUUCAAUGUAGUUAUGUGUUUACAAAUUCUUUUUUUAAAAACGUAAAUCUCAGUGAGAAAUACCACUUUGAAUAGUUAUGAAUAGAAUUUCAAAACCCUUUUGGCUUCAGUCUUGACAAUUUGGUUCUCGGAAUAAGAAAAUUUCUUAGUUGACUAACAAACUGUCAUUUUUUUAUUAUUUGGGUGUAUCCAGCCUGCAUCAGAGGGCGGGCCGUACUUCUGUUCCAUUCAUAUAACUGUAUAUUUUCACUGUGUGCAAUAGACAACAAAUUCCAGUGAUUGCGAGCUAUGAAUAGUUGGCUAAAUCAUUUUAAUCUCCCCCUCCCUAAUUUUGUC